ACAACCGCUGGGUUCAAACGAACCAGACUAUUCGACCAAUGAAGUGACAAACAGGCAGCGCGUAAACCGGAAGUUACGUUCACACGCUGCGGCAGGGAACCAACGUGAAACGCUAAAGGCGGCGACGCGGUCAUGUGGCCUGUAGUUUGGGCAGCCAUGCGGACCUACGCCCCGUACGUCACCUUCCCCGUGGCCUUUGUGGUGGGAGCGGUGGGCUACCACCUGGAGUGGUUCAUCAGGGGGACGCCCAAACCUCGCGAGGAGGAGCAGAGCAUCCUUGAGCUGAGGGAAGAGAGGAAACUGCAGGAACAAGCCGGCAUGGACGGCACGCAGGUGCUUAGCCUCAAAGAGAAACUGGAAUUUACGCCGAAAGCUGCUCUGAACAGGAACCGUCCUGAAAAGAGCUAACUAGCCCUUUCGACCACAGACAACAUUAUUUAGCACGGUGACAGGGAGGGAGCUUCUUCGAGUCCAUCCAACCAUUGCUCCUUGUGGCUGGUCUGCUAUAAGUCUGUGUGCAUGUCAUCGUCAUGUACUUUGUGGAACAACUGAGAAACAAAUGCUUAUGUGUUUUCAAUCUGUUACACACGCACACUGUACAAAUAUAGGAAACCUGUCUGUGUCAAAUGAAAUAAAAAUGUCUGGUCUUUUCAGCGACAAUGUAUGGCCAAAAGUAUUGAGACACGCCUUUUAACCAAGGAAGUGUCGGGCUCCAUCUUAGUUGCCCUUCAAUCUUUGGACAAUUGGGAGCAUUUUGGAGCAGAGCAUUUCCUGAUCUGGGAUGACUGAAAGGAAGACCUGACAAGGCCUUCUUGGAUGAGUUUGGUCUGGAAAAAGCUAGACACCUUUCAGAUGAACUACAAUAGAUAGUAUGAGCACACAGGUCCUCUCAAAUCCAACACCAGUGCCCUGCUACCUCAGAAUAGACACUAAUUCCAACAGACGUGACCUGAAAUCUUGUCGACAGGCAGAAAGCGGCUCCUUAAUUUCACUUCCUUUAUGUGUAACAGGCUAACAGCCAUGUGUACCACUACUUUUGGCCAGACAAUGUAAAUGUGCUCUGUAGCUUUUGGCAUGUUCUUUCCAUAACUGUGUCACCAAAGACAAUCAUUUCGUGUACAAUGUAUGGUGGGAGGGGAUCAUGAAGUUUUUGAUGGUUAUGCAGGAACUCAGCCAUCAGUAUGGGAGGUCUGUGAUGUAGGUAAAGCAGCUUCGUCCUGUUCUUGUGUGGAACAGCACCACUUUCAUUUUAGAAAGUUGUCCACUUUGCACAAAAGGCCUUUCAAACUGUGUGUCAUGUGAAAACUAGUCAAAUAAAGUUUGAAUUGUUGAACUCUGA